GCGGGGAAGAUGGCGGCCGCGGCUCAGGCGCUGAGCUGCUCGGGGCUGCUGCUGGCCGCCGCCGCCCUGGCCCUGCUGGCCGUGGCCAUCGGCACCGACUCUUGGUACGAGACGGACGCGCGGAGGCACCGCGAGCGCUGCCGCGGCUUCGGCCACAAGCGCCACGCCAACAGCGACCCGCCGGGCUCCAUGUCGGCGCCCAGCCCGCACCUGCCUCUCCGCGCCCGCCCGCCGCGGGCCCUGCUGCCCGGGCGCGCUCCGCUGCCGCCGCCGCCGCCGCUGCCUCCUGCCGCCGCCGCCGCCGCCGCCCUGGUCCUGGACUCGCACUGCGGCCGCCGCUUCAACUCCACCGUCUCCGGCCUCUGGCGGCGCUGCCACCGCGCGGGCUUCGAGCCCGAGAGCGAGGAGCUCAUCCAGAAAGGAGUCAUUCAGCGCUGCACAGCGGUGAAGUAUCACUACACCUCAUCUUCCUUGCCACGCAAUUUGCCUGUUAAUAUUACCAACACUAUCCGCCAGGAUGAGUGGCAUGCCCUCCAUCUGCGGAGAAUGACAGCUGGUUUCAUUGGCAUGGCAGUUUCCAUCAUCCUGUUCGGAUGGAUCAUUGGCAUGCUGGGCUGCUGUAAACAGCAUGAGCUCAUGCAAUAUGUAGCCGGACUGCUCUUCCUUAUGGGAGGUACAUGCUGCAUCAUCUCUCUUUGCACGUGUGUGGCUGGGAUAAACUUUGAGCUGUCCCGUUACCCUCGCUAUGUCUAUGGGUUACCAGAAGACAUCAGUCAUGGCUAUGGCUGGUCCAUGUUCUGUGCGUGGGGAGGCCUGGGACUGACACUUCUGGCAGGAUUCUUAUGCACACUGGCCCCUUCUCUCAAUAACCCUCGGACUGUUGUACAGAAACCCAGACAGGAAAAUGGUGCAGUGUGAUGAGAAGGACACAAAAGACUCUAGCAAGCACAGUCCGCUCCAGCAGUAGGUCACCACCAAUGCAGAGCGGGCAUCUGAGAUUCAUAAAGCAGGCUGGUUCCCACUGCGGCACAAACUAAGGGAUUCAAAUGCUUUGUGAAAGUCUUGGGCGAACACCACCCUUUGAUUCUUCAGCCUACCUGUAUGAUACAAACAAAUUGAGCAGGUUAAUUCUCAUUCCUGGUUUGCCUAAAGUAACAUUUUCUGUUAAAUAGGGUGUGUUGCUGUAGGAUCUAUGUACCAUUUAAGCUGAAUCAGAUUUCUGCUAGGAGCAGAAGCCACUGUGAAUUCCAUUUGGCAUCCUAUGGCUCCUGGGAACUACAUUCCCAAGACCUCUUGACCAGCCAGAGGUAAAGGCCAAAGGGGAAUCCAGCCAGUCUCAGUAUUGAUUCUCCUCUGCAGCAGAGACUCAAUGCCAUUUUAGGUUUAACACAACCUACUGCAUUGAAGCAGCUUUGACAUCAGCUUGUUUUGGGGGAGGCUUUAGACAUUCAGACAGGGAGGUAAGGAAGUUCUUCCUCUGGACCACUCAGUAUGUGAAACUUGUCAGUUCCGGAAGCCAAAUAUGCAGAACACUAGCUCAUGAAGUAACUUCCAGGAUAAUGCAAAGGAAGCUAGGGCAAUGGUAUAUACCAAGACUUGAGAUACUCAAAGAAUUCUUCCACAAGGGGGCAGGCCUCAGUUAAUGAUACAAAGCUCACCAAAACUAUCAAGGCAAUUCAAGCUUACUGGUGGAUGUGUGUAAACCCAAUCAGGUUACUUACACACUUGUAACAUUCCUGUCCACCAAGUUAAAUUCUCAUGUUCAUUUAAAGGAAGAAACCACAGGGCUGCCGUCGUGUAAACAAUGCAGUCAUACCAACUGCUGUAAGAGGCAAAUUUUGAGAUUUGGAACCUGUAUCAAAUCCUUCCAGAUUGAGUGUAGAAGAAAUAUUCUUUUGGAAGAUGAGCAUGGAAACUGAAAAACCCAACAGCCCCUCAGUGGCAUCCUUUUAUAACCGAAAAGAACACACUCUUUAUUAAAGGGGCUCACAGUAUGCCAAUGAAAACGAAGAGCUGGGCUUAAACUCAGGAACAUCAACAAUGGUGCUGAGGGGAAGCGCUGGUCUUUCCUCAUUGUACUCCUUUUUUUGUCUCCCCAAAAGACUGCACAGAAGCCUUUGUUGGAGGGCUGUUUACAUUGUAUUUUUAAGUGGCAUGUAAUUAAUUACUCAGUGCUAAAGUCAAUGUAUUCAUGGAAAGUGUGAUUUUUAAAUGGACGUUGUAUGUUUCAAGAGACAUUACAUUAAAAGGCUUGGUUACAGUGAGAGGAUGGAAAUUCUCAGCCUUUUAGAUCUCUGCAGAAGAGAUCACCAUUACUUUUCUAUACCUGUACAAAGGGCACAGCUGUCAGAGAAACUCUGU